UUUCCCCAGAAAAGUGCAAGUGGUGGUCGCCAUUCCUUUUGCUUACUGUACAGUGAUUGGACUACAGUUUUGUCAACCGUCACGGUAGCAUUCAGUACUCCGUUGUUAUGCGGCCUCCUGCAGUGGUGAUUUAAGGUCUGAUGGAAGCAACAGGGGCCAUGUCUCCUGUGAUUUUGUUUGUUGUGUUUCUUUCUUGUUUUGACACAUUGGAGAAGGGCUGUUUUGGACGUUUAUUUUCCUUUUGGUGCGUGUAAAAAUCCCCCAGAUUUAGCUGUACCUUAAGAAAGAAAUAUCAUACAAUGUCGCAUCAUCCGAAGAAAUUCCCAAAUCUUUAGGCUUCUCAAUCCCCCUGAAAAAAUGUUCGGGAUCCGUCCACGAGCUAAUGGAGAUGAAAAAUUAACAAAUGGAGCUCCCCACAGAUUUUUGCGAUCGUGGAGGCUGAUUGAACAUAAAGUUGCCUCAAGUUUCUGUUAAAUUUACAUAGGAUACCAUCUGUCUGUUUAACAUGCCAUCCACAUAAAAUGAAGGUUCUUCCAAACUGCCGUUUCCUCCGGGCAAAGAAUGCUAUUGACGGCUUUUUCUCUCUUCCCUUCCGCGUCGCCCAUUCUCUGGCUUAGUCCCAUCCUGUCGAUGAAAACAAACCCCUAGUUCCGUUGCUGUUUGUCGUAACUAGGUGAGGCACUGUGCCCCUUAUACCCAAUCUGUCUGGAAUCCUUUUGUCCUUGCGCCUCGCAGAAUUAGGCCCCUUACAAAAGGGCCCCUAAAUUCCCCCUUAGGCGCCUUUUCCAAUUCAGGUUGAGUGGAGUCACUAUACAGAGCCCUCUCAAAUCGGUGUAAGUCUUUCGUCAAACACCCUCAGUGCUUACAACACUAAGCUUGGACAGUGGUACGAGACCCAAGAAAGUACAGCCCUGAGACAGAAGCUCGAAAACUGGAUUUAAUUCCAAGUGUCUCGAAGAUCAGAAGCAAGUAUUGGAUAUUGGACAGAAUAGCGACUUAUAACAGAAAGCCCUGAAUGUCGUACCGUGUAAAAGGCACCUGUCCACUUUCGAGCAAGCACAAAGCACAAGGGCCAACAUGAGCUAAGGAGAUGGCGGCUUACAAAUCAUGCAUCACCGGUGGCUUUCGUGAUCCUGGCUUAAGUUUCCAGAUGACAGAGCAGGUCUGAAAGCUUUCGCUUUUCUCCUGAUUGAAAAGGCGGCGUUUAAAGGACGCUUAAUCUCGACUGGUGGACUACAGACCGAAUGCAUACAAGGUAGUGUCACGACGGGAGAUACACGCACAGUUUCCUCUCCGUAUUUACAAGUGGGGAAGAUGUGGGCUCAUGCAUCGGCGGCACGACAUUCUCUGCAUGCCACGCAUGUUUUAUGUUAGGAUCGAUUGUUUAAAUUGAAAACUACAAUUUUGAUGAGAAACUUCGUGUCAGAUCACCAAAGGAUUUUUAAGUAGCGAACCACAUCACUUGUGUUUUAAGGCUAUAAGUCUUAUCCAAAAAAAAAAGAAACCCUGGAGAUUUAUCAUUCGUGAAUUUUAAGAUUGAGCUCCGAAUGGUAGACAGCAACCAACGGAGGAUGCCCAACAUUGCUGAGACGUCGACUCCAAGGGCCAGUCCGUCACCGGUACCACGCGUCGUUCUCCCCGGUCAGGUGCCGGGCAGCAACAAGGGUCAGCUCCCCAGCUGUAACAACGGCGUCAGCAACCCAGUCCGCGGCGCUGGCGGCCUGAUGACGGCACCCGGAGCCUCGGUCAUCCGCAAGUACUCCAUGGCACCGUCCAGCGUGGCCGGCAGCACGCGGAAGCUGAGCUCCAGUGCGACCACUACGCGGGGCGACGCCGUCCUCCAGGUGGAGAACACCUUCCAGCUAGAGCCGCACCCGGACUGCCACUUCAACGCGUCCCGAGUGGAGAAGAUGCUGCACUCCCUGAUGGAGACCAUGCUGGGCGGGGUGCAGUACGACGCCCAGACGGCGCCCGAACUAGCCCAAGCAUUAACCGAGGAUAUCAAGAUGAGAGUGAAGCUUCUCAAGUACGACAGACACAAAAUCGUAGUGCACGUCAUCCUCGGCUCACUGAAUGGUCAAGGAAUGCAGACGGUCAGUCGAAGUGUCUGGGACCAUCAAGUCGAUAACUACGCUUCUGCCUGCUACAACAACCGGACUCUCUUCGCUGUUACAAUGGUCCAUGCAACGUAUUUUGAAUAGCAGUGGAUUAAAGUUACAUUUAUAUACGUAUCCCAGCACUUUCAGAUUGCUGAGAAGUUCUGAUAAUCAAAGAUGAAAAUGGGGAUGCAGUGAAUAGUAAAAACUUUUACGCAAGGGGCUUUCAAUGUUAAGCUGCAGUCCAUGGUCAUCUGGCUUCUCAUUUUCGAUAAAACGAAUUACAUAGAUGGAAAGAAUCCUUCACCAAACAAAAUACCUAAACAUGUUUCGAAUGGGACUUUCGCCCAUACAAAAUCGAUUACUUACUGUCUCGUUGGAGAACUCGCCAUCACUGCAAUGGUAGUUUUUAAGUGGCUUAUUUUGUGAAUUCACAUUGAGGAUAUUAGACUGUACUGCUGGUUUGUAGCUGUGUGUACAUUGAUUUUUAUUUUGCGUAUGCUGUUUGUCCUCUUUGGGGGACUAAUAUCUAAAGUAGAGAAUUAAGAUGAUUUUGAAUGGAAAAAAAAACAAGUUGAACGCAAACGACUGAAUGAACCUGUAUCAAAUAUCUUCCUGGAACACGUUUAAAACCAACCGACUUUCGUCGCUGGCCUUUUUGACAUUGAACAUGAUCCAUUUCAGUCAGAUUGUUUUUCAAUUGUCGUGGGACGACUCUGUGUAACAAAUUUGGUACAAUACGGGAGAUUCACAAUAGUGCGCCACUAAGAGUUUGCAAUGUGUUGGCCAAUCAUACCGCGCGAAAUUUGUCGACCCUUUC